AUGGGGGAACAGAAGAUAACUAGCAUUGAUUCGGUCACUGAGCCAUUUACUUCGUCAAGAGUUAGAUGGGAAAUGAAAUUUAAAGCAAACGAAAUGAACGGUGUAAAGAAAAGUCCCGAGUCGGAUAAUUCAGAGGAUUCGGAGAUGGAAGAAGACAUGUUCGAUGGUUCUCUGCUUGCCGAUUCACCCACUCCAUCUGAAGAAUGCGGCAGUACUGAGAAGUCGUCGCAACACUCAGCUGCAUGUACCUCACUGACUGCGACGAAGGUGCCCGCGAAACCGCUGUUGCCGCAUCCUAUUGAAGCUGCCUCCUCUACAACAAUGUUUGGAGUUGCAAGCGCCUUCGAUCCGUUACAAUUUGAUCCGUUACGAUUGCUUAUGAACCGAUCUCUAAAUGCAGCGGUACUGAACCCAAUUCUUGCCCAACCCGCAGCCAUGUUAAGUCUGCAGCAGCAACUAUCCAAGCACAUCUCUUCCACGUUGGUACAACCAAACCUUAAGCCGAACCCAGGUUGUGUCGUCAGACAGCAUGAAGCAGGAAGGACUGAAACGUUGAGCUGCGCUAAAAUAUCACUUGACAGAAAACGGACUGUAGAUUGUAGAAGCAAUUCAUCGUCCGUUUCAACAACACCCAAACGUUCCAAGCUGCUUAUCGAUGAAAUUCUGAAUCUGAAAACUAACGAAACAUGUUCAGCGAAUGCAGUUGAAACUGCACUUGAUAGCUCUUCACAGCAAGAAACCUUCUCUUCACCUCCUGCAAGUAGGGAGCAGUCAGUGGAGCGAAAUUUAACAAAGGAAAAUGAUAAGUCGUCAAUAAGUGAUAAUUGUGUAAUAAUUGAUACUGAUACGGUAUUUGUAGUUCCUAAUGAUAGUAGUAAUAGUGAUAGAAGCAGUGAAGCACGCUGA